UGUAGUUUUUUUUCUUCUUGAUUUCAGAAAAACCCAGCCCACCACAAACCAUCGAAGUCACCGAGAUCACCAAGGAAAGUGUGUCCCUGUCAUGGAUCAAGCCCGAGAAUGACGGAGGUAGCAGAAUCACCAGUUAUCGAGUCGAUGCUCUCGAGAACGGUCAGGAUAAAUGGGUGAAGUGUGGCGUCACCAAGACCGUCCACUUUGUGGUGUACGACCUGAAGGAAGCUACUCAAUACUUUUUCAGAGUUCGUGCUGAAAACCACGCUGGAUUCAGUGACCCUACAGAAAUGACUCUCCCUGUGUUAGUUAAAGGGCAACUUGAACCUCCUGAGAUGAACAUGAACAAGUUCCCUGACAAUAUAGUUUACGUCCGAGCGGGAUCAAACCUGAAAUGCCAGAUCCCACUUACUGGGAAACCUGCGCCAAAGAUAUCUCUUUCGAAGGACGACGUGGUGUUGAAGUCAACGAUGAGAUUCAACUCUGAAGUAACUCCUGAAUAUCUGAUCAUCAGUCUUCGUGAGAGCGCUGCUACUGAUUCCGGAAGGUAUGACAUAUGUGCCUCCAACACCAGCGGAGCCUCCAGGUCUUUUGUGACCAUUGUGGUCCUGGACAGACCCGGCGCCCCAGUUGGUCCAAUUGGAAUGUCUGAGGUGACAGAGGACAGUGUGAGUCUGACGUGGCUUCCUCCUCGUUAUGACGGCGGAAGCCCCGUCACAAACUACAUAAUAAUGAAACGAGAAACGACAAACGCCGACUGGACUGAAGUCUCCUCGGUCGUUGUGAAAUGCGCGAUGAAAAUCAUGAAGCUCGUAACAGGACUGGUGUACCAGUUCAGAAUCAGGGCUGAAAAUCGCUACGGCAUCAGUGAGUACGUCGACUCUGCAACCGUCAAAGUGGAUCUCAACUACACCGUCCCCGAAUCUCCGUCACCCCCUAUCGUUACGUCUGUAACCAGAGAAAGCAUCGCCGUCGCCUGGACGGAGCCGGACUGGAAUGGAGGAAGACCACUAAUUGGAUAUCACCUUCAGAUGAAGGACAAGAACAGCAUUCUGUGGCAGACGGUGAACAAAACCGUUAUCCGUGCCACACACUUCAAAGUGACAAACGUCAUCGUCGCUGGUCUCGUCUACGAGUUCAAGGUAGCAGCAGAAAACUCCGCUGGAUGCAGUCCCCUUAGCAGGAUCUCAGACGCUGUCCUGGCGAUUGAUGCUUGUGAGCCUCCAACCAACGUCCGGAUCACCCACAUCAGAAAGACUUCCAUCAGACUGGAAUGGCUGAAGCCUUCAUACGAUGGUGGAAGCAAGGUCACAGGAUACCUGAUUGAGAAGAAAGAGGGCGAAAGAGACAGGUGGACGAAGGCCAAUUUAACCAACGUUUCUGACACACACUAUACGGUGACAGACCUGGACGAGUGUGUGGUUUAUGAAUUCAGAGUCGUGGCCAAGAACGCAGCCGGGUCAGUCAGCGAUCCGUCCGCCACUGCCGGCCCGGCGAUGUGCGUGGACACGGACGCUUACGAAGAAGAUUAGAUGGGUUUUAUUUUUGAGAUAGUUGAUUUUGUUUUCAUUGUCAGAUGCUAUGCUAGUAUUGUUGUGAAAGUGGUGGAAGUUGUUAAAAUUGCAGUUAGUUUUUUUUCUUUAAAAGUUGAGAUUUAAAAAUUAAAAAUUGAUGUGGUUACUGAAAUAGCUAUAUGUUUUGAUUGGUAGAAGAUAUUUCUGUUUUGAUAGCUGAUUUUAAUAGCAGAGUAGGUUUGAUAUGCUCCUAUAAUUGUCUUGACUUGUUGGGGUCAAAAUCGUUGAUUUGUGUGUGCAAUCACAGUGUUUAUGGUGGAUAGAAGGUUGGGGUGUCAUCGCUUGUUUAUUCAUGUUUUUUGGGAGUUUUAGAACGUUGAAGAAAAUCCCAUGAAAAGAUAUUGAUCAGCCCGUGUGGACUGUUUGCACAUUUUUACAUUUGAUUGGUGUUGAUAGCUUUAACGGUUUUAAAGAGAAGAAAUCAAAAAGGCAGAAGUGUGUGUGUGUGUCAGAUAACAGUAGUGGCGUUACCUCUACUCUCUCGGCAGGUAGCUUAACGCUCCAGUAACCGAAAGGUUGCUAGAUUGAAUCCCCCGAGCUGACAAGGUUAAAAAUCUGUCGUUCUGCCCCCUGAACAAGACAGUUAACCCACUGUUCCCCCGGUAGGCCGUCAUUAUAAAUCAUAUUUUUUUCUUAACUGACUUGCCUAGUUAAAUAAAGGUUUA